AUGGCACAACAAUCCUAUGACUUUAUCAUCGUCGGUGCCGGAACGGCAGGUUGUCUCCUCGCACAUCGGCUCUCGCACUCUGCAAAGAAGCCCUCUGUGCUCCUCCUCGAAGCUGGAUCUAAGCCUUCGGGCGCCUACCUGAGCGCUCCUUUCCACAGAUACCAUGCGCAAGCUAUGCGUCCAGAUCUUGACCACGGAUACGUCUCCGAGCCGGAGCCCGGACUCAACGGACGGCAGAUACCGUAUACACGAGGCAAAGGACUUGGCGGGAGUUCGAUACUGAACUUCGCUGUGUACCUGUAUGGAAGUAGUGAAGACUACAAUCGGUGGGCUGAAUUUGUUGGAGAUGAAGAGGGAGAAUGGAGCUGGGAAACUGUGCAUAAAUCGUUUGGCAAAAUUGAGAAUUACGAUUUUGAGGGCUCAAAGGGGUACAAGCAUCUCGCUGAUCCGAGCACCAACCCGCAUGGCACGGCUGGGAAUGUGGAAGUAGGGUUGCCAAAAGAGUUGGAGGGCGGUGCAGAGCCACAGAUAGAGGCGCUGGUAAAAGAGGGGUGGAAGGUAAAUCUGGACUUGAACUCGGGGGAUCCGGUCGGAGUGGGCAUCUUUCCGAGUAGUUAUUCUCGCCAAGGGAAGACUACGAGUGCAACUGCACAUUUGCUGGAUGCACCGGAAAACGUGCAUAUUUGGACAGAUGCGAAGGUGGCGAAGUUUGUUUGGGCGGGGAAGAAGGUUGUCGGGAUCGUCACGGAGGAUGGCCGGAACGCGACUGCGAAGAAAGAAGUCAUCAUCUGCGGUGGCGCAAUUGACACACCAAAGCUCCUCUUGCUAAACGGCAUCGGCCCUGCCGAUGAACUUAGUCCUCUCGGUAUCGAUGUCAAAGUGAAUCUGCCAGGCGUAGGCAAAGGACUCCACGACCACGUCCUGACUUUCAUGUCAGUCGAGGUUGGCGGCUCAAUUAAUGACAGAUACGCCUUUGAAUCCAACGAAAAGCUCAUGGCCGAAGCAGAGGCUGCAUGGGAAAAGGACCAGACGGGAGCUUUUGCGCUCCAAAAUUCGGGUCUGUGGGGUGGGUUUGUCAAGUUACCUGGGCUGGAGAAGUUGAAAGAGUUCGAAAAUUUGCCAAAAGACGUGCAAGAAUAUCUGACGAAAGACAAGGUGCCAACGUUCGAGUUCAUUGCGAACAGCACGCUCUGGCCACCAGGCACACAACUCGAGUCGGGAAACACGUACUUGACAUUCAUCGCUUUCCUCAUGAACCCGCAAUCAACUGGCUCCAUUACGCUACGCUCGGCCAAGGCAGAAGAUAAGCCUGUCAUCAAGCUAAACUACCUCACGCACCCCUACGACAAGCGCAUCUUCCGCGAAGCUAUACGAGAGACUUGGACGAAAUUGACGUCAUCACGGGUUAUCGCACCGCACGUUGUGCGCACCAUCCUGGGUCCAAACAGCAUGGAUGAUGCCGAUGUAGAUGCUUUUGCGAGGGAAAAUGCGUCAACGGUGUGGCAUGCCGGGGGAACGUGUAGGAUGGGCAAAGACGGGGAUGAGGGCGCGGUGGUAGACAAGGGUUUUAGGGUGAGAGGGGUGGAGGGGCUAAGAGUAGUGGACAUGAGCGUUGCGCCGGUUACAACAAACAAUCAUACCCAGGCCACGGCGUAUGUAAUUGCGCAGAGGGCAAGCGAGAUGCUGGUGCGGGAGUAUAGGUUGGAUAGUGCUGAGGUACUUGCGCGUAUGUGACGGGGCUGUGCGACAUGCUGGAGAAGAUGUCGACUGCGAUUCGCACAUGGCGAAGAGAGAGUAGACAAAUAGAAAGACAAAGUUAGCAGCUCUCGUGCAUAGAGUUCGCGACGCGUGGUGGGGUGACGCGGAGGAAUGAACGACUACGGCCGUCGAUUCUACGGUGUAGGCGCAUGAACUGUACCGGCAAUUACAAAAUCACAACUACCAUACACCGCAUGUGCGAGUGGGCUCCGGCCAGCGUGGCGGUGGAAAUUGCAUGACGGAUGGUGCUGGCGAACGUGCGUAGACUGAAGAGGAUGAUGCCCGCGCCGU